AUGGAUAGCGAAGGUCUGACGGCUGUCAAGCACGCUGAUGACGUACUCCUGGCGAAGCUUGGGUAUCGAAGCGUCUUCAAGCGGGAGUUUUCUUUGGUGGAGACGAUCGCGUUCGCGUUCUCGAUUAUGGGCGUCGUCGCCUCGGUGUCGUCAACGAUGUCCUUCCCACUUGUGUCCGGGGGGCACGUCGGGAUGAUUUUUGGAUGGCUGAUCCCAUGCCUAUUCGUUAUGACGAUAGCCGCGUCCUUAGCUGAGCUCACGUCUGCCAUGCCGACGAGUGCAGGGCUGUAUUAUUUCUCAGCCAAGCUCGCCCCACCCCAGUGGGCGCCGUUGGCGAGCUGGAUCACGGGUUGGGCGAACGUGACUGGCCAGGUCACUUUAGUCUGCUUCAUUGACUUCACGUGCGCCCAAAUGAUCACGACAGCGCUAAGCGUGGGCUCUGACGGCAAGAUCAACCUAGGAGCUGGUCCUACUUUCGGUAUCUUGCUUGCAAUUCUGUUUACCCAUGGGAUUGUCUGUUCGGCGGCAACAGCGGUUAUAGCUCGCUUGAACAUCUUUUAUGUCAUAAUCAACAUUGGAACCACCAUUGCGGCCAUAAUCGUUUUGCUUGUGUGCAGUGGCGAUCAGAGGGUGUCAACAGAGACUGCGUUCACGAUGUUUGAGAACAACACUGGAUGGACAAAUAGCGGUUGGGCAUUCUUGCUUGCCUUCACAUCACCGAUGUGGACAUUGACCGGCUAUGACUCUGCGGCCCACAUCUCCGAAGAGACAGCAGGCGCAGCCCGCGCGGCCCCCAUUGCGAUUCUUGUCGGCGUCGGUGCAACAGCUUCGCUCGGCUGGCUCCUUUUCAUUGCGGCAUCCUUUGCAGCUGCUUCCGUCCCUCAACUCCUGGAUACGGCUCUUCCACUUCCCAUGGGGCAACUCUUCCUCGAUGUCCUUGGCAAGCGUGGCAUGCUCGCGAUAUGGAGUCUGAUCAUUGUCGUCCAGUACGUCACGGGGGCCGCGCAAGGGGUCGACGCUUCGCGAGUCGUUUUUGCGUUCGCGAGGGAUAAUGCGCUGCCCGGAUCAAGGUGGUGGAAGAAGAUCCAUCCAUACACUUCUACACCGGUCAAUGCGGUCUGGCUUGUGAUGGUGCUUGCAGGACUCUGUGGGUUGCUCGGCUUUUCGGAGACUGCGCUGUCAUCUUUGGCAGGAUCAUCGGUCAUCGGACUCUAUGUUUCCUAUGUGACCCCGAUCUUUCUGCGUAUCACCUCUGGUCGCGAUAAGCUACACAGGGGACCAUUCUCACUGGGGAGAUGGUACAUGCCCAUAGGGAUCAUUGCUGUGCUGUGGGUUUGCUUCAUAACCGUUCUUUUAAUGUUUCCGCCCGAGGCCCAUCCCACUGCGCAAACAAUGAACUAUGCUGUCGUUAUCAUCAUGGCCGUAGUCAUCUUUGCAAGUCUGUGGUGGAUCGUCUCCGCGCGGAAGUGGUUCAAGGGGCCUGUUCGGACAGUUGAGGGGACGCGAACCCCAGAUUUGUACGACAAGACAGGCGUACGGGUUGACGAAAAGGAAAUUUCCUCUCAUGAACCUUGAUUGUCCGCUAUGGCGAGUAAUUUGUUUUGGAAAUGCA